AUGUCAAAGAUUAACAUCGAACUGUCCAAUGAACAAAGUACAAGUUAUAAGUGGUAUGAUAGGGAGAUUCGGGUAGGAAUCAUCCCGGACUCUGGAACGGGUCUGACAAUCACAUGCGUUUCUCUACAAGAUGGCCUUACUUUUCAAUAUCUCUCCUGCGGCAUCCAGCAAUGA